UCUUAUAAGUCCGCACAAUUAACAUUUGAAAAGCCCGCUAAAUAUAAUUAUGAAUUACUGUUCGGUUUUUAUCGUCGUUGUCCUCAUUUUGUCCAUUGUUCAUCAGGGACAAUCGGAUACUAUUGUUGUUGAUUUUUUUAAAACACUGGAGGAACUAGCCCACAAAGCAGCACAAACGGCAUUUAUGGUAGUUAAUCCCAUCGGUAAUUUUGUUAGAUCAUCGGUGAACAACUUCCACUUAAGCGAGAACAAAACGGAACAGCACUGACCGA